GAAAGGCAGUUAGCAUUCAACAAGCAACGAGAGCAGUUUUCGAAAGGAAUAUAUCAGUUUGAUAAGGAUUAAAAAAAGUAAAACAUUCAAAAUGUCGCCGCCACAUCACGAAAAUCGCCUGUUUGGAAUCCACCUUGGCCUGAAUUUGGGUGGAGGUGGACAUCAUCACCACCACCAUCAUCCACCGCCUCCGGUGCACCACUAUCACCCACCGCCUCCGGUGCACCACCAUCACCACCACGGACCUCCAAUGCACCACCACGGACCCCCGCCGCACCACCACCACCACUACGGACCUCCGCCACCGCCGCCCCACUACGAUCAUCAUCAUCAUCACCACGGCAGCCACUUUGACCAUCAUCAUGGUCCUCACCAUGGACAUCAUCAUCAUCACUGCUAGUACAAUGGAAUGGAAGGAAGGUCUUAAAAACCACAGCCAUCAGGUGGCGAAAUAAUGAAAGUGUUUAUAAGCGAAUUUAAUUUAUUACAUAAAGUGUACAAAAAACAAAACCAAAAAAAUCAUUAAAACCACUUAGACUU